UGGACCUGACUUCUUUAACCUCCUAUCUUCAGUUUUGGGUUGUAAGAAAAUGUUCCACUCGUGGUCCGGUCCAAACAACCAGUGGGAGAUUAGUCCGAGAGAUGGCGGACAGCGUUUGUACAACUCAGCACCAUAUCCACAGAUCUGGCCUCAGCUCCGUGACCCUCAUCCCGGCAGCGCCACUCGCCAAUCUCCAACCCAGUAUGCUUACGGUGGAGGCUACGAGAGACCACAGUCCCGUGCCUGGCGUCAAUCUCAAAACACAUGGAAGGUCCAGAGCCACCUCGAGAGCUCCAAGUUCCACCUCCACCAGAGCCAGAACCAGCAGGUCAAGCAGUACCUGACGCUGGGCUCCAAGCUGGCCUCGGCGGCCGGGCAGGGCCACGCCAUCCCUCACCCGCACGGCCCCGGCCAGCUGGCCACCAUGCCCAUCAUGAGGACCGGGAACAUGGCCUCACUCAGCGACGGCAGCAACCCCACCAGCCCCGUCACCUUGCUCACCAUGGCCAGUCACGACAGCGAGUUUCCGAUGGAUGAAGUUAUCGAUGACCUUAUUAGUCUUGAGUCCGGUUUCAACGACGGGGGCUUGGAUUGCAUGGAGUCUAACAUGUUAAUGCAGAACAAUGUGUCCCUCAGUGGCAGCAUGCUGGACGUCUAUGGGGGUGAACCAGGUAUGAACGCCCCGAAUGUUGGAAUGAGCCCCACAUCUAACCCCACAAAGCUCACAGUUAAAAGGGAAUACACAGAACUUGACACAAGGGGGAUGGCCAAAGAGCGACAGAAGAAAGACAACCACAAUUUGAUCGAAAGAAGACGAAGAUACAACAUCAACUACAGGAUAAAGGAGUUGGGGACCCUCAUACCCAAAUCAAACGACCCGGACAUGCGCUGGAACAAAGGCACCAUCCUCAAAGCCUCGGUGGAGUACAUCAAGUGGAUGCAGAAGGAGCAGCAGCACGCCAGGGAGCUGGAGACCCGGCAGAAGAAGCUGGAGCAGGCCAACAGGAGGCUGCUGCUGAGGAUCCAGGAGCUUGAGAUCCAGGCUCGAGCACACGGUCUCCCAAACAUGACCACAUCCUUGGGGACAGUCGAACUCUCCUCCCACCUCCUCAAACAACAACCACAGCAGCUGUCCCCCCAGGCCCAGCAGCCCCAGCAACCUCAGCAGCCCACACUCUACCAGGAGGACCCCAACAGCGACUACCUCCAGAGGAUAGCGGCAGUGGCCGGCGUGGCCUCCAUCCCCACCGCCAGCGGCCCACAGGACCACAUCACCGGCGCCGACGGGCUCUCAACGUUCUCCGACCCGCUGUCCCACUUCACAGACUUCUUCAGCUCCACGCUCAAGGAGGAGCACCGGCUGGACGAGAUCGUCAUGGACGACCUGCUGUCGCCGUUCGGCACCGACCCGCUCCUGUCGGCCGGCUCGCCCGGAGCUGCGUCCAAGGACAGUAGUCGCCGGAGCAGCUUCAGCUCUGCCGGAGGGGACGACCUAUAA